AUGCAAGUAGUGCAUGGACGGACUGACCGUCAACUGAUAGUGCUAAAUAAGUUGAACCAUCCUAUUGGUCCAACUAAAGCAGUGGUCACUGAAUUUUUCAGCUUUCUUGGCACAUUGGCAAGGAAUGAGACAUUUUGUCCUCUUAAUCUCACUUGGACAAAGUUGAAGACACACGAUAAAAUGUGGAGCUAUAUUCAGGAGAAAUAUGACAUUCUCAACAAUGGAAAAGAUUGGGCUAUUAGAUCAAUUGAUGCUGCGUUUAGAGGGUGUAAGUCUAGACUCAAGAAAGAUCACUUUUAUGCCUACCCCAAUGAUGAAAUUCGAAGGGAAAAAAGGCCUACCUCUGUUCCAGAACCUAUAUUUGAUGAUAUCCUUGCGUAUUGGAAUUUAGAAGAAGCUGAGAAUACUUUCAAAACUAACAAAGAAAACAGAAAAAAGUUUAAGUAUCCACACACUAUGGGCAAAACAAGUUUUGCUUUAAUUCGCAAGGGAAAAAAGACGAAAAAUUCUGGUGCUUUGUCGAAUAAGAAGUUCUUUGUGGCUACUAGAACAAGGAAACCUAAUCGAAUAUAUAAGGACCUAUCUGAAGAGAUCACAAACAAAAUAGUUGAAAUGGAGAGAGUAGAGACUCAAGAAAUUGAAGAUAGUACUCAAUCAACUGAUGCAUUCACAAAAGUUAUGGGGCCUGAUCAUCAUGGUCGAGUAAGACUACUCGGAGGCGGUGUUAUCAAGACUCUUAUAAAACAAAAAGCAAGUGAUUCUGGAUCUUCUUCAAAAUCUGAUGAACUGGUGGAGAAGAGAUUGGAUGAUCUAGAAGAGAGGAUGCAAAAAAGAAUGAAUGCUCAAAGAGAUGUCAUUGAACGAGAAGUUACAAUGAACAUCUUUGCACAACUUUAG